AUGUCAAAAGAGCCUUCAGAAUACUUCAGGCUCAAUGGGCAACUAGAAUUGGAAUCGAUUCAAGCUGUGAUCGAGCUCAUUCGACGAUCGAGGUGGUGUGAUUUCUUGAAUCUAAUGCCUAAUAUGGUAGGAUCGGGCACUGCUGACCUUUGCACGCCAGUUUUCAAUGGAGAAAAUUAUGAGUUCUGGAGUAUUCAGAUGAAAACCAUUAUGAAAUCUCAUGAUCCAAAGAAGGAUAAGAAGAAGAUAGAAGAGAGUGAGGUCGCUGAAGUGGAGAAGCCUACAAUGGCUAAAAUUCUGAUGAAGGAUGCUCGCGCACUUGGGUUGAUCCAAAGUGUCGUCUCAGAUCAAAUCUUCCCCAGAAUUGUGAACGAGGAGACCUUAAAGGGUGCUUGGGAAAUUCUGAAGCAAGAGUUCAAAGGAGAUAAGCAAGUAAGGAGCGUAAAAUUGCAAGGUUUGCGUCUCAAAUUUGAAUACACUCGUAUGAAAGAUAGUGAGUCCUUAUCUGUAUACCUUGCUAGAUUGUUCGAUAUAAUGAAUCAAAUGAAGAGUUAUGGUGAGGAUCUGUUUAGGAAAAAAGUUGUGCAAAAAUUGUUGAUUAGUUUGCCUAGAUCAUAUGACCCUAUUUGCUCUGUGAUCGAACACUCUAAGGACCUUGAAACUCUUGAGGAUCAAGAGGUAGUUGCUUAUCUGAAAGCUUUGAGCUCGAAUUAG